AUUCUUUUGUUUGCAUAAAAACAAUAGAAUAGUACAUUGUUGUUCGCGUUCUAGUUUCCUCCUCUUUCUUCCAAGCAUUCAAUUUGCUCUUGCUAUACACGACACAAUCACUGCCUUUCAUAUUCCCACAUCAGUCUCCAUGGCACAUCAAUCCAACACUGACCUCCAGUCCAAAGAGCAUCGGGUGCUCUUUGACAUCAUUGACAAGCUCCGCUCCCACGGCAUCGGACAAGUGGUCGACCUUCCCGAGAUCAUCGUCUGUGGAGACCAAUCGGCCGGCAAGAGCUCGGUGCUCGAGGCUAUUUCGGGCCACCCAUUUCCCACCAGGGAUGGCCUUUGCACCCGAUUCGUGACCGAGCUGGUCCUCCGCUGGGAUCACGUCGACAAGUUCAAGGUAUCCAUCAAGCCCGGCCCUGAGCGCACCGCCGAAGAUGCCGCCAGACUGCGAGAAUUUUGCGACACUCUUGCACCCAACACUCCUCUGGAUGAGGUUAUCGAGGCUGCCAAGGAUGAAACGGGCCUCGGUACUUCCAAGCGAUUUAGCACGGACGUACUCCGCGUCGAGAUCAGCGGCCCAGACCAAGCACAUUUGACUAUGGUUGACCUUCCUGGCCUGUUCCGGGCUGGUAGCUCCCAGCAGUCGGUCGAGGACGUUAAGACAGUUGGGAACAUGGUGCGCAAAGCAAUGUCGCGACCCCGUAGCGUCAUACUCGCUGUUGUUUCAGCAAGCAACGAGUUCAACAACCAGGAAGUGACGGAGUUGGCGCGGAAGAUGGACCCCCAAAGAGUUCGUACCCUCGGGCUCAUCACCAAGCCUGACAAGCUCGAGGAGGGCUCGGAAUCGGAAAGAAACUACUUAAACCUUGUACGCAACCAAGACGUCGUCCUUGAGCUCGGCUGGCACGUCCUUCGGAACCAGGGUCACCGUGAGCUGAACUCGAAGAAUGGCGUGCCCUCUCGUGACGAAGUGGAAAGGGAAUUCUUUUCCCAGGGCGCCUGGCGGAGUGUUGAUUCGUCGAGCCUUGGGGUGGCCGCCCUUCGCAAACGUCUCAGUGCCGUCUUGUGGAAGCAAAUCAUGCACCACCUCCCGAGUCUCCGCGAGGACAUGGAAGAGCGCAUCCGCGAGUGCGAAGAGACCCUCUUCAAGCUGGGGGAGUCGCGUGAUACAGUACCCAAGCAGCGCAGGUACCUUCUCGGGGUAAGUCAGAGAUUCUGUCAGCUCAUGACUGCCGCCAUGGAGGGAAACUACAGCGGUGCCUUCUUUGGGGACGCCUAUUCGGAUGAGGGCUACUCAAAGCGCAUCAGGGCCGUGGUGCAGACCUCACUGCGGGACUUUAGGGAUACUAUGAUCCGCGACGGAAAGACCGAAGAUGUCGUGGAAUGUGCAGUGCCAAGCGUAGAGGGAGAUUCACAGCCUGCAAAAUCGAGGUCGACCCCACGGCCCGACUACAUCGAGCGCGUGAUCGAACUAAUGGAUCGGAGCAAGGGUCGCGAGCUUCCAGGGACCUUCAACCCCAUCAUUGUGCAAGACCUUUUCAAGGAGCAGUGCCAGCCCUGGAAGACGAUUGUGAGGGAUACAACCGACUCGGUGGUCGCUGCCGUGACAACGACGGCCAUGUCUAUCCUUGACCACGUUGCCCUGCCAAAAACCGUCGACGGGAUUUCGGCCAUCGUCAACCAGGGCAUAGCCUCGCUGAGAACAAAACUUGAGGUCAAGGUUGCAGAGCUCCUGGCACCGCACUACGAAGGCCAUCCGAUUACCUAUAACCACUACCUGACGGAUAUGGUGCAAAAAGCCCAGGCCCAGCGUCGACGCAAGAACUUGGAAAGAUUUGUCGCUUCCAACUCAAAGUUGUCACAGAUGAGAGGAGGUUACCGUGAAAACUUUUCGUUUGUCGAGCUUGUGGAGCUCCUUUCGAAAAUGGAAACCAUUGAGCCCGACAUGGAGCAGCAAGCCAGUGGGCUCGCGGUCGACUACUCUGAAGCAUACUACAAGGUCGCCCUAAAGAGGAUCAUCGAUGAAGUCAGUGACCUCGCUGUCGAGCGCCAGCUCAUCCAUUUCCUACCCUCACUCUUCACCCCGGAAAUGGUCUACGAUCUAAGCGACGAAGACGUGACUGCACUGGCUUCCGAGGACGAGCAGGCAGCUGCGGAGAGGGUCCGAUGCAGCGAACUACUUUCUGCCCUUCAUGCAAGUAUGGUGGAGCUGAAGCGGCUCGAUGGUCACCGGACCGCUGCUUACAAAGUUCUAAAUUCCCCACUCGCAGAAUCCUUCUCAGACCCUCCAUCUCCUGACGAGUACUCGCAGUCGGAAAACUCAGAGCCGAGGGAAGAUUGGUAGCCCAUUCGCCUUGUCAAUCCUUGCAAGGUGAUGAAAGGAUUCUUUGCAAGGCUCUAGCUGAUCCGAGGCCUUGAGUACAAUUCUGGUAGUUUUUGGCAGUGUCUUUGUCCUUGUGAAUGUAAACAAGGCAUAUAUAUCCACAUUUUCGUAUACAUAGGUAGGUACCUAGGUACCUACAUAUUAUCGAGCUAGGUAGCUUUUGACAAAAAGAAGAAUAAAAAAAACAUCAAAAAGC